GGCACACGACUCAAGCACUGUUGGACUAGAUCCCAUAUACAGUAUCAUCUCCAUGGACAUAAUAGUCAUUCCUCGAGGUGUUCUUGGGAGGUCCGGAGGAGUGCCCAUCACAUGUAUGAGCCAUACCAAAUUUGAAGGAAAUACAAUUCUGGAAAAGGUUUUCUGUCGGUGCAGAUCUGAGGCGCACAAGGGUAUGCACACGGUGCGAGUUAUGCACUUCAAUGCAAACUUGUCCGAUUGAUGGGAUGGAUAUCGUUUUCUCGGGGGCAGGCGGUUUCGAUUCUUUCGAAUAAGUACGCUCUAGAGGACGGUCGACGGUCGUGCCAAGUUCAAUUGAACAGAGACCUUCAAAAAUAAUUCUAUGAUCGGACCGAUCGUUCCGGAUACAGAGGUUUCAUUUGUGUGACAGGACACACGUCCUCGAUCUAUUAUCUCUCAUUCCAAUUCAUCCACUCAACGUAUAUGCCAACCAUGCCAGAACCGCAGACUAGGCAGUCCCCUGAACAACCAGACCCCACCGAGAUCGACCCAAUAUGGAUGUCAAGUCGUACCGCUAGGCAAAUAUACGCUCUCGGAGAAGUCGAGAAGGACAUAGGACGAUUGUUAUCCUUAGCAGCUUCGUCGAUAUCGCUGCUAACUUUGCCUCAAACGGAUGAACCGGAAGAUGGGUUGCCACAAGGAGGUGAGAGGUCCGAGCAAUUCGUAUUGGAAGCGAGCGAGUUCUUCGAACGACUAGAUUCUAUCCAUAUUGCUAUUCGUUCAUCCCUCGCACACAUCCGACAGUCCCGUAUCGCUCCCUCAGCAAUCAAUGCCCCACCGCCCAACUUCAUACCUCCUCCCCUCGGUGUGGGCCUUCCUUCAAACCCAAGUGGUCCCACAGAAAAAGGCAAUCGAGGUCUACAAGAAGACCGUAUUGAAAGAGAUGCAUGGAAAGGUAUCUUGAAUGCGCUUACAAGGUUGAAAGACGCGAAAGAACGCGAAAGAACUGAGCUACUGUCAACUCAGUCUGAGGGUUAAAUGAAUAAGACGCGGGUAUCGUGGUAUAUACAGGUACAGUCGGGUUCAGUUGGAUUGGAGCCUAUACGCUGACUUCUUCUAGCACCUCCUUUGCUUUCAGCACCUCUUCAUCUGAAGCUAACUCUGGGUCCUUCUCCGUGCCGACCUGAGACAAUCGAGAUCACAUCAAUUCACCUAUACGACGGUUGUGAGAGAAGAAUGCAACUUACGAGAAGCUCUCUCAAGUCCUGGACAGCACCACCAAGACGUUUUGAAGUGUCCUUGACCAGCUUAUUGGAUUCCUCCAUCAUAUUCCUCUAUACGAGACAUCAGGAAUACGUUCACGAGUUGGAAAAAUGAAUCAAUAUUGUAGGGCGACGUACGGUGUUCUUGAUAUCCCAGUCUUCCGCACCAUCAGCGAUGAACUUGUCCAAUUUGCGUUUCAAUUGCUCUUCCUCUUUCUGAUACGACAAGUGUUCCUUGAAGAGCCUACAUAGUGAUACGUACAUUAGUGGAACAGUUUAGCAUUCGACGUCAUAGCUUUCCACCAUUCCAGAUUAGGAUCAUACGAACCGUUUCGCUGUCCCAGUCUUGAUUCUGAGUUGACGAUGAAUAGUAGUUUUGUCGCUCAUCUUGGUAUUAUGUUCUUGUUAUGUCGAUGUAGAGGCUGUAAGAAAGGUAUUUCCUUGGCUUCGAUUUUGUUAUGAUUUGUACGUUUCAACUUUUUAUUCCGCCGGCGAUCGAAUUGAGACUCUCCACCAAUGACGAAGAUCCCUUAUCGCAUCGAUAAGCACCAGUAUUAGCUCCGACGAGUUAUAGUUGGUAGUGCUACAACGGUAUUCCUUAUUCACUAGAGAGCUUCCCGUCGUCGAAACGUCGACGUCGGGUGUACAAGCAAAGUCGUCGCAAAUAGCACAUGAAAACCUU